GUAACCCCUGACUAUUUCAAGUGUAUCACUGACCUUUUUACGUCUUUCAGUUGCAGUUCACAUGCCAAGUUUAGCUUCUUCCUUUUUAGACUGUUUGUAAAAUGAUCACGUUUAAUCAAAAUGUUGGUGACUCAAAUCAAAUAUAGUUUAGUUCUAGGAGUGCAAUUGUCUUUGUUGUUGGUUGAUCUAGGAAUUAAUGCUUUUGGAGAUAGGCUUAGGUAUAAUAGCGGUCUGCUUUUGUUACUUUUUAUAAUCCAAGACAGUCUACAAGUAUUGUCUCUGACCAUUCUCUUCAUCACCAUCUUCCAAACAAAUGUAUUUCAGGCAGGCUUCAUAUCUCUGCUGUAUGACAAGUUCCAAUACCCAGUCCUUGUUGCCAUGGCGUACUUACUGCUGACCAUUGCUCUUCAGUCAUGGAUGUUGUCGGUGCGAUGGGACGAACCUCUCAAAUAUAACUGGCCGACUUUCAUGGGUCUCUUGUACACCAUACAGCGAUCAAUUCAAAACAUGUUUCAGUGUCUUGCCUUCACUACUAUUUCUACAAGAGAUCAGUUCUAUGCCUGACAGAUCCAAGAUUCUAUGACGAUCACUGGAUCAACCUAAAACUGAACGGAAACAACUAAUGUCAAAAUGAAAUCAAAUUAUAAUUAGACUUUAUAUUAAGGUGCCAUUUAAAAAAUAAUCAAAGUUUGUAAGCCGUUGUAAUGUAUUUUAGAAUGUUAUCAUAGUUGUAAUGCUCUAUUGUUUUA